UUGACGUAAAAUGGGCAACGUUUCCUAUCUCCUCAAAAGUAUCUCUGCAGUUGCGAACGUCAAACUCAAUCUGCAGGUUGAACAGAGGGCGUUGCUGUGGCUUCAUCACAUUCACUUCUGUCAUGGCUGCCGUAGCACUGGUACAGGGUGCGAGUAGGGGACUGGGACUCGAAUUUUGCAGAAAUAUCUUAAUAAACAAAGCCCCAGGAGCAUUGAUCGCGACAUGCAGAAAUCCGGACAAUGCCGCCGAGUUGAUGAGCUUAGUUGCGCAACAYCCGGGAAAAGUGACAGUUCUGAAAUUGGACGUCAACAGAGAAGAUGACAUCCAACGCGCGGCUGAACAUGUUAAAAAGGCUUUCGGCAAAGUUGACCUGAUCAUCAACUCCUCAGCGAUGCUUCAUCCCUCUGGCAAAGGCGAGACCAGCCUGAAGGAUGUUUCUGCACAGGGAAUAAUCUCAACGUUGACAACAAACACUGUGGGACCAUUGGUGAUGGCCAAGUACUUCGCUCCGCUAUUGCAGAAGGGUAGUGGUGCAUUUGGCCAGCAGCCRCCAGAGAAAGCCAAACAGCAUAGUGGGAUCAUUGUCAACAUCACUGCAAAAGUCGGAUCCAUUGGUGAUAACGGUCUUGGCGGGUGGUACAGCUAUAGGAUGUCCAAAGCAGCACUCAACAUGGCCACGCGUAACCUGUCCAUCGAACUGGGGAGGAGCAGGCCCAGAGUGGUGUGUGUGUCCAUGCAUCCUGGCACAGUGAAUACGGAUUUGUCUCGCCCCUAUCACAAGAAUGUGCCCAAGGACAAGCUCUUCAGCGCGGGCCACUCCGUGCACUGCCUCAUGAGCAUCAUAGAUAGCCUGAAUAUUGACAAAACAGGGAAAGCCUACAACUGGAAUGGUUCAGAACUGCCCUGGUGAAAAAUAACAGUACGCAUAUUCCUCGACAAAGCUUACCAACCUCAGUCAACUCAGGUUUAUCUUAUAUUCUGACCAACUGUUAAAUAAAGGUUAAAUGUAAAAAUCUAAAUAAACUGUACCCAAAAUAAUAACUGUAUAUUGUGUCCUAGAAGCUGGCAUGAGAAAAUAAAGAGAUACUUUAGUGCUAUUGUUUUACUUAUAUUACAAUUGAAUUAUCUGUGUAAGAUUCUUGGUAAAAGAGUGACAUUUAAUACACAUACCUUCCUUCAACCCUUCAAAUGGGGCUUUUAUUUUGAAACA